CUAACGUUGUUUCCAUAGCAACCGCAAACUCAGGAGCAAACGCUGUUAAGAAACUGCAGUGAAGAAGCUUUCUGGUUAAAACAAAAGAACAAAAAAACAAAAAUGGAGCCUGAUGAACCUGGAACUUCGGCGGUUGCCAUCGAUAUAAUGCCACUCGCCUCCCCCAAAGGAAAGGAAAAGUAUUGUGAACUUUGUCAAAGGGAAGCGUACUUAGAGUGCGCCAAGUGUCAGGUCACCUUCUACUGUAAUGCAGAUCACCAGCAGGCCGACUGGGUGGGAGUCCAUGAAAGGAUCUGUCAAAUGCUUGUUCCCAUACGUGCUGUGAAAGAUAUGUACGAUCCGGCCGUCCGCAAGAAAAACCAGUUAAGAAAGGCACAUCUGAUCAAGAUUUGCAAGUUGGUGGCUCAAAGCAAGCUGUCAGAGGGUAAACAUGAAGAGGCACUUCCUGCUGCCCACUGCUGCCUGCAAACCUCCAUUGACCUCUACGGACCCAAUACCAUCCAGCUCGUCCCUGCCUAUAUACUGUUGGCGGAGGCCAACAUGGGCCUGGGCAACUUAACUGUUGUCGCAGAGCUCCUGUCCCAGGCCGAGUGGGCUGUACUGAAGAAUCCAGAAUUGGGUGCUUCAGUCCAACAGCAGCUGCACAGGAGCCUGGGCCAAUACUAUACUUCAGCUGGAAACCUGGAAAACGCCCUGUUUCACUUUGCAAACGAUGUUUGGAUUUUUAUUAUUUACUUUGCCUGUGUGGAGUAUGGUUUAGACAGCUCUGCCACCACAAAGGGAUACUUUCUAAUUGCUGAUGUGUUUGCCAGACAGGGGAAGACGCUCAUUGUUCACUCCCUGUACUCUGAGGUGGCAGAACGGUGGCACAAACAUCUAACCAGUCUACUGGAGACCCACCAGAAACAUGCUGACUCAUCUGUUUCCUUUUAUGAAAAGUCCCAGCGAGUUGAAAUGGAGGAAAUGCUGAGAGUCAUGUUGGAGUUUGAACAAACACAGUCCAGAAGAGACGUCAGUCAAAUUGCCCUCAUUGCCUACAACCUCGCCAUGUUGUGGUUCAUCAACGGAGACCUCCACAAGGCUCAGGAUUUUGGCAGCACAGCCCUGCAGGCCAGCCUGCAGAUACCAAGACAUAAACUGACAGAACCCAUCCAGGAGCUGCUGCAGCAGGUGGAGAGUCUGCAGACCGAGCCACGACCUGGUUCUGCCUCUUCUACUCUUCACUAAGACCUGCUCCGCCUGCGUUUAGCCUCACCAUUCAUUCACAUGAGGACAUAGAGAACAGAUGAACAGCUAACAAAUAAAAUUAUUCAUGCAGUUA